GCCGUUUUGGCCACAAGCCACUUCAGGUCACGCGCCCCACCUUCGCCGGCGCCAUCGCCCCUGCAUCUCUGCGCCCCCUGUGCCGCCCCCCCCACGGAAUUCGCGCCCGAAGCCCGCAAUGGCCGCCUCGCGCACGGCCCGCCUCUCCCUGCACGUGCGGCCGGGGGCGCGCGGCGAGGGGGCGUGCGGGGCCUGCAACACGCCGCGGCGCCGGGAGGCGGGCGGCCGCUGGGAGCUGCUGGAGGCUCCCUGCAGCCCAAGUCAGGUGCCGCCGCCGCCGUGCCCUCACCCGGCUCCCCGGCCGCGCCACGUCGCGCCCGCUGCCUGCGCCUCGCCCGGCGGCUACAACUGGCAGGGCGUGCACGAGGAUCGACCUGGAGCGGGGUCUCUAUGCGGGCUCCUACGGGUGGGACAACGCCGCCUAUUGGGCCAUAUCCGAGCACAAGGCGGGCAUCGACCUGACCGAGUGGUACAAGACGCGCACGGACGCCGAGUUCUACCUGCCAGAGUUCAAGGACCUCGUCGACGACCCAGAGACGCAGAAGGACUGGGGCAACAUCGCCACGUUUGACCCCAUGGGCAUGUAUUCGCACCCACCGACCAUAGCCGCGUGCCAGGCGCGGCUGGACAUCACCGAGCUGAAGGAUCUGCCAGUGGACGGCGAGGUGGUGCUUGACAGCAAGGAGAUUGUGACCAACAAGUGUGCGGUAUACUACGCGUGGAAUUUGCCCUUCCUGUCCUCAAAGCUGGACAUGGGCGAGCAGGAUUUGCGAAACGCGCUCUACAAGUAUUCCAAGGAUGAGCGUCUGCUGGACCCCAAGGUGCGCACGUACAUCCCGGCGGUGGGAGGUUGCACCAUCUACACGUUCGGCGAUGCCCGCAAGCUCCGCGAUCCAAAGACCGAAGUCGUCGUGCGCGUCCACGACGAAUGCAUCGGAUCCGAUGUCUUCGGCAGCGAUAUCUGCAGCUGCCGGCCCUACCUCAUUUUUGCGCUUCGCCAGGCCGUUGAGUGCGCCCAGCGCGGAGGUGUUGGCGUCGUGGUCUACUUCCGCAAGGAGGGGCGAAGUCUCGGAGAGGUUAUCAAGUUCCGUGUGUACAAUGCACGCAUCAACCAGGAUGGAGGAGACCGGUCCGACACGUACUUCCACCACACGGAGUCCAUCGCGGGGAUCCGCGACGCGCGCUUUCAGAUCAUGAUGCCGGACGUGCUGAAUUGGAUGGGCAUCCGCCGGAUCGACUGGCUGUGCUCCAUGAGCAACGAGAAGUACGAGGCCAUCACGGGCGCGGGCAUCACCGUGAUGCAGCGCGUGGACCUCCCAGAUGACUACAUCAAGGAGAGCAUGAAGGUGGAGCUGGACGCCAAGAUCGCCAGCGGGUACCACUGGGGAGACCGCGGCACGACGGGCGCGGCAGGGCUGGAGCAGCUGGUGGAGGUUCGCCGGCAGUGCGUCAAGCUGUAUGAGCUUGGGAAGAGGGGCAGCCUGAACUUCUUCACCGUCGACGAGUCCAAGCUGCCCGUCGCCGUGGCGGCGACGGAGGAAGUCAUCCGGCGCCGCUACCCAACACUGCAGGUGCCGCCGCACUCGCGCCUGCGCCACUUCCCCGACGGCAGGCUGCAGGGCCUCCUGGCGAGCUGGAAGUGCGACAGGGUCGAGAAGGCGCGCAGGCUGGUCGACCUGAUCACGGUCUCGGCGCUCACGGAUGCGGGCGCUGGCGCGUCCUGGCAGUACCUGGCCGCCGGAGGCGAGGUGUACAAGGCCAGCGAGGGCCUCGCCAUGGCCUCGCUGGACAUGUUCCUGGACGGCGCCCUGUCCUCGGACCCAGCGAUGAAGUGCCGGGCCAACUCGCAGGCGCUGAAGAGCCUCUCGGAGGAGGCCGUCGCGCGUGCCUUCCAGGUGUCGCGGGCCAACCCACUGAUCGGCGUUGCGGGCCGCACCAGGGUGCUGCAGGGCCUCGGCGAGGCGCUCGAGGCGCACCCCGACUUCUUCGGCGCGGAGGUGCCCCGGCCGGGCCACAUCGUGGACUACCUGCUGGAGCGGUCCACGGGGAGCCAGGUGGCCCUGGAGCACCUCUGGCGUGUCUGCUCGGAGGGCCUGCGCGGGGUGUGGCCGGUGCAGCCCAACGGUGUGGCGCGGGGCGACGUGUGGACGCACUCGGGGCUGCAGGUCGCGGGCAGGCCCGGGGGUGACGUCGUGCCUUUCCACAAGCUGACGCAGUGGUUGGUCUACUCCCUGAUCGACGCGCUGCAGGUGAGCCUGGGCCUGGAGGUCACCGGCGCCGAGCAGCUCACCUGCCUGCCAGAGUACCGCAACGGCGGGCUGCUGCUCGACGCGGGCGUCAUCGCGCUCAAGGACCCCGCGUGGCAGUCGCAGCAGGUCAACGUCAGCACGGAGCUGGUGGUCGAGUGGCGGGCUCUCACGGUGGCGCUCGUGGACCGACUCGCCGAGGACUGCUGCGGAGGAAGCUGGGCGUCUCUCCGGAGCAGCUGCCCCUGGCCAGCGUCCUGGAGGGCGGCACGUGGCAGGCGGGCCGCGCGCUGGCGCGGGCGAAGCGGGCGGACGGCUCCCCGCCGAUCUCCAUCCGGCUGGACGGCACCGUCUUCUGAGAGGGCUCGCGGGGGCACCGUCCUGCCUCUAUCCCGGUCGUUUUGAAAUCUGAGGGGGGCGACCAACUCUAUCAUGCGUCAUUCUCAUCCUGGACACGCAACAAAAAAAGUCGCCGUCGCCGUGCUGCCACCUCCCUGCGGCGCGCCGCCGUGUCGAGCCGCGGCACUCCCCGUUUUUGGCCUGCAUUUUUGAAGCCCCCGGCGCUCCGGCUGCCGCGCGCCUCGGAGGUUGUCCGCGCGCGCCGCAGCCGGCUUCGGGACGAGCGCCUCGGAGCCAGGACGGAGCCGGAGCCUCCCCCCCUUUGUGCACUGCAGCUCCGCCACAAGAUCGGGUGGCUGGUCGUUCCGUUCAGGACCUCUUUUUUCCUUGGGCCCCUCGGACGAGGAUCCCAGGAGACUUCUCGGGCGAGAAUGUCUAAUAUAUGCGGCGGCUUCGCUCGCUCAUGCCUCAUCUGCUUGGGGCUCUUGCUGAGCGCCGGACGGCGCGCGAGCGCUGUGGCGCACAGCUGGCCAGCGCCGAGGGCAGCGCCGCGUACCUGCGCGCGCAGGCGGUGUCGUGCCUCCGCUUCCGCGCUGGACGCGGGAGCUCUUGAGGUUCGACCUUUCUUCAUUGCGCUCCUC